GGUUCGAUACUCGCUUCAUUCCAUUCAACUUGUCACCACAUCUACUCCUACUCACCUCCGUCUCUUCGCACGGCCAUGUUCUAAUCUGAUGGACACUCUUCGCCCUCCACAGUCCACACCCUCCCUCACAUCCUCCCUCACAAGCUCCACCUCGUCGUCCAUGCCGUCCCAUGGGCGCCCAUCGCCCCCCCUCGACCCCGUCCAGACUCCAGCCCGCCCUCUCUGCGAUGCCACACCCCUCAAUCCGACAGACAGGCUCCGUGCUCUCCUGCGACAGAUGGAUUCCGAUGCGCACGGCCCUAGCCCAGCGCGCUCACGAUACGGGAGUGAGAGCACUCCACGGCCUCCCCCACCCCUGUCAGCGCCGGCCCCAGUGCGCAUCGAGAGCGAGGACGAUAGCCCGCCCAGUCCUCCCCCAAGAAUACACUACGCGCGUCUACGCCGCGAGACACCUCAGCAGCCACCAGCAGAGUCGGAGGAGCCGUCUCCGCCCCGUCGCCUUGCCGCGCUGCCCAAACGCGCGAGCCCACCUCGCCGUUUGCCCUCCCGCGCCGUUGCGUUGCGUGCUGCCGCGGCUGCUGCUGCUGCUCAGGAAGCACAAGAGCAAGAGGCGCUGCCCCGCCACACCCGCGAGAAGAGCGCGCCGACCCCGCUUGAGAACUUUAUCGCCAGUGCCGCACCGCCCACGCCGUACGCGGCCCCCCACCGCCUCUCCCUCUCCGGGGAGACGCGUCGGCCCACGUCCAUGUCAAUACCUGAAGCGACGCCACGCGCGCGACGCCCAACUACCCCGCCCUACUCCCCGCCGCGCGCGACGACUCCGCCUCGCGCCCCCUCGUCAUCCUACACUCCCUCUCCGCCGCGACGCACCUCCGAACUCCGCCAGCCCCCGUCGCCCUCUCCGCGAAAGGCCAAGGCGCCAUCUUACCGAGAUGAGGAGCCUGAAGAACCCGAGCCGCCGAGACGGCGCGACCGCCGCGUUGCGACGCCGCCCAACACAUCCGCGUCGUUUGAGGCAGGGCUCAACGACGCGCACAACUCCGUGCUGGAUCUCGAGGACAGUGAAUUGAAAUGGAGAGACGAUAGUGUCGAGAGUUCAGACUCAUCCGUCCCAAUAGACAUGAACAGAGGUCCUACGGCGCGGAUGGUCGCGGCCGAGGAGCUGAGCAUGUCGCGAUCGCGCAAGUCGUUGUCAGCCGAGAGCUCGCCCAAAACGCCUCGCUCUUACGUUACCGCUGAGCGGUCGACGCCUCAUUCCAGAACCCCGAUAUCCGAGCGCUCGCCCUUCUGGACGGCGCGCUCAGAGGCUGCAUCCGCAUCCAAGUCGUACGCGACUGCGGAGCGCCUGCCAACGGUGUCGCCAUCGCUCCCGACCCCGGCGGGGCCGUCGAAGGGGCGCAGCUUCGAGCGCUCACCCUCGGAGCAGCAGACGCAGCGGUCACCCACAGAGCAGCAGACGCAGCGGUCGCCAAAAGGGAAAGGCGUCGAUCACAAGCGCAGACCCAGCGUCGACGCGUCGCUGUCGCUCGUGCAGCCGGAGGCGUCGGACGAGGAGCCGGAGACCUCGGCAGCCGUGGCGCGGCGCAACAUGUUCCACCCCCAGUCACCCGCGCCCGAGCCCGAGCCAACCCGCGCUGGCAAGCGCCGCCUCUCUGCCUCGCGCCGCGAGUCAGAAACCCGGUACGCAGCGCUCAAGGCCUCGAUGGGCGCCGACUCGGACUCUGAGGACGGCAGAAUCCGCCCCGGGCAGUCGAGGCAGGACUCGUCGCUCCUCGGCUCGCUGUGGAAGGGCCUGCCACCGGGGUUGCGGGACGACUCGUCGUUCCUCGACAUGAACGAUCGGCCGACGCUCGCGGAGCUCUCGACGCAGGUGGACCCGACGCUGAUGGCCUCGGCGAUGCCGCGCGACUCUCAGCCGCGGCAUGUGUGGAAGUGGAGCGAGGAGAGCGAGUCCACUCACCGGGUUGAGCGGUCCGAGGAUAGCCAGUCCACUCGCCGGUUGGAAAGGUCCGAGGAGAACGAGUCCACUCACCGAUUUGAGCGAUCUGAGGAGAGCGGAUCAUCCCGUCAACUUGAGCGGUCUGAGAAUCGCGGCUCUCUUCAGUACGAGAGUCCCGCGGCGCGGGACAUUUCUCUCGCCAAAUCUGACUUUGAUGCCCUUGAUGACCUGCCGCAGAGCUCACCGCCGCGCGGCUCACCCAACAACAAGCUGCGCCAGUCGAUUGGCAAGCCUCUCACACUGCGUCAGUCGCUGGAGCUCGGCCUGCGAGGAGACGAACCAAGUGAGAGCCAACUCGAGCCCGAAGCAGUUGCGGAUGAGGGCGCAACGGACGCGGACCGCGAGUGGCGUCCCGAAGCCUUGGACACGACAUCUGACUCGUGGCUCGAACUCAAUGCUGCAGCUGCGCUAAAUCCUCCUUCGCCAGAACCCUCCAGACUCUCUCCACCUCUGGAAUCGCCCGCACGCGCAGACAGCGACACGCUUCCAGACACGCCGCCGCGCCAGCGCCAGGGCAUCCACCGCACCCUCCUCCGCGCCGCGACCACUCCCGCGCCACCAGCACCGGCGCCUGUCGCCCCGACGCCGCUGCGCAGUGCGCUAAAAGGCGGGCGCUUCGAGGCGCGAUUCCAGCGCAACGCGCCUGCUUCGCCGUCAGUGCGCUGGAGCGAGGAAGUGUUGGCCAACGACCCCACGACUGACGAGGAGUCAGUCCUCGAGGCCAUCCCUGAGCCGGAAAUGGAGCCUGAGCCGCAAGUCCGCCCCUCGACCUCCCCGCCAAGCACGCCGCCGCCGCAUCUCACCACCCCACAACCGCACAGCUCGCCUAACGCACCCCUCAACCCGGAGGCGUUCACCACACCUGUUCACGCGCCAGCCAAUGUCCGCACGCCUCGUCCCCCAGGGGCUUGGGGCACACCAUUGCCUCCCCCAGGCUUGCCACCGAGCAUGCCACUCCCGGCGCCACCCAUCAACGGGCCGCCCGGGCCGCCCAAUGCUGCGCCGCCCGCUGUCUUCCAAACUCCUGGUCUCCCGACCCCACGCGCUCCUGGCGCAUGGUACUCGCCCGCGCGCUUCGCCCCGGCCCGCAUGUCGCGCCUCAGAAACGAGGUGCUUCUCGACGACAGCCAGAGCUCGACUGCGAGCAGUGAGGUGUCUGUCCAUCGAAUGUCGUUCAGCCCCAAGCGGCGGCGAAAGUUUGGUUCGCCUCGCACACCGCGCCCGCUCCUCCCGGAGACACCGGUGGCUGCCAAGCUUGAGCGGCCCAUCUUAGAAGAGGACGCAGGCUCUGAGGUCAACCCCUCAGCGGACCAAGAGCCAACCAACCCGAAACUGCCUUCGCCAGAGGUGGCCACGCCGAACGCGCGCUCGCCAGGCAUCAACCCGCAGAGCACGCCACAGGUGGCGGAGCCGCGCACGCCACACCCACCCGGUGCGAUGCCCAAGGACGAGCCGGAGGACGGGGACACGUCGUGGACCGCGCGCAUCAAGCGUGUGUUCACCCCCGGGCCAACGACGCCGUUAAUGCCCUCGACGCCAAUGACGCCGCGCACGGCGUCGCGCACGCGCCUCGCAGAAGCUCAAGAUGCGCUGGACACGGCCUCUCGCGCGUCCGAAAAGGCACGUUCGCGCGUCUCCGCAGCGCAGAACGCAUGGCGCGCGGCAGUAGCCACACGCUCCGCGCCCGAUCCCGAGCCCGAGCCAAUGCCCAAGCCAGAGCCCAAGCCAGAGCCAAAAGCCCUCGCGCCCGCCCCGCGCCCGUGGACCCUCUGGCUGCUAUACCUCUGCGUCGAGUUGCUUGUGCUGUGGGCUGUGUUCCGCGUUACGCUCGAGUACGCGUCGAGCAGCGCGUUCAUGGCGCGCAGCGACCCCUUCGGGCCCUUCGCGCCCGGGUACGCCGUCGGCGUGCGCUUGCCGGCGUCGCUGGCGGCGUUUGAGAAGCAUGCGCCGCCGAGCGCGAAUGUGUUUGACCUGCUGGAUGCUUUGGGGCUGGGGAUGGGCGCGCUGCGGUGGGCCCCGCCCACGUAGACUGUAUUACUAUGUAUGCCUAGUCUUGGAUCUUGC